AGGGCUGGUGUAAAAUUUCACAGUGAGACAGAGUGCAGGUAUCCUUCUGCUUGAGAAAGGAGGUACUGUGCUGAUUGCUGAGUAACAUUCUCUGGCUGGAGUCUGACGUGACCUUCGCUGGUGCCAGCCCUUGGUCUGGCACUAGACCAGAAAGAUGUCUCUCAUAUAGCUGGAGGCUCCUCAAAUGCCAUCUAUUUGUGGCCUGGCCCUGAGACUUGCACAAGUCACAUGUGAGCCUACAAGUGUGGUAUUUUUGGCCACGGGGGGUGGAGUUUGCAGGGCAAGGCCAACACCAUGCUGCUGUGGGACAGGCUGCUAGAUGCCCUGACCCACAGCACCGGCUGGCUGCUGAGACCCAGCCUCAAGCUGUUCCUGUUGACCCUGGAGCCAGCUCUGACUAGCACCAGCAAUUGACCUUGGUGGAUUCAGAGGAAGCCUGUCCCAGCCAAAGCUGGUGGAAGGUCAUCACCUUGAAGUCUGGUCAUCUGCUGGGCACUGGGGUACCUCUUCCAUGGCCUGCUGCCAUCUAAGUCACACUGGGACAGGCCACUGGAGGAACUGAGCCCCAGUGCUCCUUGGUGCAGACCACUGUGGAGGGAGGUGCAGAAGGGAGGUCAGCCCCAUUGAGCCACUUAAAGAUGUGUGGGAACAUCAUUGGAACAUGGCCAUUGAGUUUUAGUUUACUUCACUAAUAUGAAGUCUAUUUGAUUUUAGAAUUGUGACAAUGUGUCAUGGCAGUAACCAUUUGGAGUUGAGUUGGAAAUAGGGGAAGUUGGAGUUAGGAUCUUCUAACUCAGAAGAAGGAGCCUAUCCUCUGGGACCCUUCCAGGUGGAGAUGAAGUGCCAGGGAGGGGGAAGGUGCCCUUGGGGUGGGCUGAGGGGUGUUGUGUUCUGCUCCACUUGUGGGGCCUGGAUGUGUGAAGGGCCCGCCUGGCCCCAAGUCCUGCUGUUGCUCCAGCACCUCUGCUGAUCUGCGAUGGACAACUUCCAGUAUAGCGUCCAGCUCAGUGAGCAGGACUGGGCCGAGUUCUCAGUCACCACUGAUGAAUGUGGCCUCUUGCAGGCUGGCCUGGCCUCUGGAGAUGAGCUCUUGUCCAGUGACAUUGAUCAAGGGGACAGCAGUGGCAGCAGCCCCCCUGGGCCCCCACCACUCCUCACUGGGCAACUGGCUUCCAGGGGGAGGGGCUCUUGGGGCUGCAAGGAGGAGGACGUGGCUACCCAACAGCUGAUCAGCAGGUCUCAGUGUGAGCCUGUCCUGGCUCUAGGGGCUAGUCAGCAGGAAGCCAGCACGUCCACACAGUCAGAAGCUCUGCGGUCUCUCAGCUUGGUUGCUGCCCCUGUCAGCCAGUGUUCCUUCCUCCCAGAGUCAGCAGCUUCUAGAGGUGAGAUGCAGAGGCUUCUACAAGGCCCUGCCUCAAGCCCUGCUGGUGAUUCCUCUCAAAGUCCCGAGUUCCCUGGCUGCAAUGUUCCUUCCCAGAAGCUCCCUGAUAGUCCUGGAGCUUCACAGCGGAGCCCUGGCCGCAAGAAGAGGCGUGGUAUGGGUGCCAAAAGUGGUAAGCGCUCAGGAGUCCCAGGCCCUCCUGCUGCACUCCUCACUCCAGAGGCCGGUCCCGAGGAGGACCUCGGGGCUGGGACAGCAACGCUGACAGCAGGAGCCUUGAAGGACAAACCGGAUCCAGACUCUGCAGGUGCUCUUGAGCCAGGCUCUGGUCCCUCUGAAGAGGUUGCCAGACAAGGGCUAGACUUGGGUCUACCUACACCUGUCCCCACCACUGAGCAAGGACCAGACCAGAUCAGACUGGCACCCAGAGCUGAGCUACACACAGUACCCAACCCUGUCCAGGAGACUGACCCAGAUGUUUCCAUGGCUAAGCCAGAUGUGGCCCUGUCUACACCAGUCUUCAAUCCUCAACCAGACAUGGCUUUGUCUACACUUGCCACCAAACUUCAACCUGACAUGACUUUUUCUGCUUCUACCUGUAAACCUCAACCUGACAUGGUUUUAUGUCCAUCUGCACACAAGCUUCAAUCUAACGUAGCUUUAUGUACACCCACCUAUAAGCCUGGUAUGACUUUGUCUACACCUGCCACCAAUGCUCAACCUGACAAUGAUUUGUCUACACUUGCCAAAAAUCCUCAACCCACUAUAAGUCUAUCUACAUCUGCCUCUAAGCCUGAUAUAACUUUAUCUACACCUGCCUCCACUCCUCAACUUGACAGGAUUAUGUCUGCAUCUGCCUCCACUCACAGACUACAUGUGGACUUUCCCACAGUAGGCCCAGGGUUGAAGCCAGAGGGGGAUUUGACUACGUCUGUCUCAGUGGCUGUGCUGCAUGAUGUUCUGCCUCACUCAGCCUCCAAGACUGUGCAUGAAGUGGGUGUGUCUACGCCUGCUGCUCCCUCCUCAACCCCUGUUUCCUGGGUGGAACCUGCACUGGCAGACGCUGAGGUGUCAGUGCUUCAGGGGGGAUACCAAGAGAAGCCUGUAAGAGAGCCCUUAGCCAGUGCUCCUGGACACCCCUCUGGGGAGGCCCCACAUGGCCCUGUCCAAGUCACCAAGAAGAAGAAAGUUAGAUUUUCUAUGGCUUUGCCAAACUCUGAGGAGCCAGGGUUAGGUGAGGCCACAGGCCCACCUUCAUCAGUUACGCUCCGUUCCCCAGCCCUCCAGACCCGUGGGGGGUCUUCAGCCUGGGAUGCUGUGGCUGUUGGGACCCGCACCCCUCAGCCUCGAAUCCUCAAGCAUCUGCCACCUCCAUCCCCCUCUGCCUCCUCAAUGGGGCCUGAGCCUGGAAGCCGCUUCGCAGUGACCCUUCCUGAGGCUUAUGAGUUUUUCUUCUGUGAUACCAUUGAGGAAGAGGAUGAAGAUGUGGAGGAUGAAGCAGUGGACAGUCAGGCCCUGGGGGAAAUCCAGUGGCCAGAUACGUGUGAGUUCUUCUUCCAGGACUUCAGGGUCCAGAGGUCAAGGCGUCAAGGGCACUUAGCACCAAAAGCACCCCCAAGAGCUGAGUGUGAAGCAACACUUCCCCCUAGAGACCUUGUGCCCAUCUCCAUCCCUGAGGCCUAUGAACACUUCUUUGGAGAGGAUGGGCUUGAUGGCACAUCAGCUACCCUUCUCCAGCUGCAGACCUUGGAGCCUCUAAAGGAAGUAGAGCUUGGGUUGUACCCUGAACCUGGCCCAGCCACAGCAGAACAAUUCAGCCUGGCAGUCAGGCAAGCAGAUGAGCUCCGGGAUCCCUUCACCUCUUUUACCUUUAGCCAGAAUGACAUGUGCCUGGUGUUUGUAGCUUUUGCCACUUGGGCUGUGAGAACCUCAGAUCUACAUACCCCAGAUGCUUGGAAAACAGUCUUGCUGGCCAACAUUGGCACCAUCUCUGCCAUCCGCUACUUUCGCCAGCAGAUGAGGCGAGGACGUAGCCCUAGCCGAAACUCCAGUCCCAGCAGCGGCCCAAGUCCCAGCCCCAGCUGCUAGGAGCCAGGCUGGCCUGGGAGUCGCAGGAUGCUGAGAAGAGCUCAAGGGGUCUGGGACAAGGUGCUGCCCUCCUCCUCACCCUUUGAUACCUAUCUUCUAUGGUGUCUGGGAGGGAACCAGCAUCCUAUAUGUGAGCUCCCUUAGACUCCACUUAUAGGUCCAGCCAGUGGCCAAGGUCACUGCCCAUACCUGGUAGGAAGGAGAUUCGGAAUUCUGUGUGUGUAGGUGCUGAGCAGAAAGCUGUUUAGGAGGGUAUCAGAUUAGCAUAUGAAAAAACAAGUCACUCAAUUAAAUUCAAAUCUCAGAUGUGCAAUACUUGGGAUGUACUUGACUAAGAAAAUGUUUAUCUGAAAUCUAACUUUACUGAACACCUGCAUUUCAUCUGCUCACAUGGUAAGAAGAACAGCUGGAGAAGACACUGAGAUGAAAAGUGUCAGGGCAGCAAGGCCCUGUUGGAUCUAGACACUAGGACAAGGACAUUGAGUGACUUCAAAGCUGAGGAAUGGGGGAAUUCCAGGAGCUCUGCUCUGCUCACAGGUGUGCUGGGCUGUAAGGGCCUCUAAGACCCUCUGACCUGAACCUAGAGGGACCAUGGCCACAGCUUGCUUGGGCCAGGCCUGAGUCAGUGAGCAAGUGCCUAGGAGGAUACCUCUGAAGGCUCCUGCAGUUCCCAUUGGGUAGGUCUGUGGAGCAGAGAUGGCUCCACUCUGGGAGUCCAGAAGGAGGUGCAGAUAGAACUGAGACCCUCAGUGAAGGAAGCUUGAGUGGGACCGAGGUUGAGAGUAGUCAUGGAGUGGGAAAGUGGGAGCGUGGCCUAAGAGAGCAGAAUGAUGGUAGGAUAGCGUAAGGUUCUGCCCAAGGUAGCAUGCUAAGAGUCCCUAGGAUAAUGGAAACCUGGCUGCUCUGAGGGGAACACAGGACACAGCACCAAUAAAAUCUCUUUUUCUUGUUUACA